GAGUAUGUGGAGGAUCCAGACGGACGGAGGAGAGACGCAUGGGAGUCACCGCUGAAGCAUCUGGCUGACUCCACACACUCUGAGGAUUUGGAGCUUUGCACUUAAGAGAAAAAAACAAAACAAAAAAAAACAUUGAACCACUUCUCCUCAUCCUCUCCUGCAGGGUUGACUCUUCUGUUUUUUUCCCGGAUGGUUUGGAUCGCAUCCGUUCCAAAGAUGUUGCUCUGUAGACUUCUCCUGUGCGUUUCAGUCACAGGUUUUGCAUUCAGCCAAUCUGACAGCUCUGGAUUAUUUUACGCACUCAGAUCUGAACUGUCAGAGGAUGCAAUUUUGGUGGCCAACAACGGAAUACGCGUGCCUUUUGGGAGAUCCGUGUUCGUCGAUCCCAUCAAUGAUUUGGUGAUUCAGACGCAACCUGGGGACCGGUGCAGCAUCACCGUCCUGGAUAAUGAUCCUCUUUCACAAAGACCGGGACAUCUCUCUCCUAAAAAGUUUCCGUGUGAUUUCGGUCCUAAUGAUGUGACAUAUUCCCACUACGGAUCCAGGAGUCCGGCUAAAGACAGAGUCAGGCUGCAGCUCAGGUAUGACGCGCAAACCGAGACCGUUAUAAUCCCGUUUAUGAUGGAGGUGGAGGUAGUUUUUACGCAGCUUGAGUUACUCACCAAAAACAUGCCUCUGACUGUGGAAAACCUCAAAGGGAUCAGUAACCCUAUUGAUAAGAAGAUUUUAGAGUUCACUUAUGAUAGAAACUCUUUUAAAUGUGAGGUGACGUCUCUGUCUGGUGGGAGCGCACUACCCAGGUAUGGAAGUCUUAUUGAUGGGGGGAAACUUUCCACAAUGAUGGACUGUGAUGAAUUCACCCAAGCUGACAUCCGCUAUGAACACACAUUCGAUCGCAAGUCUCCCAACAGAGAUUAUGUUCCCAUGGUUGUGGAGCUGCAUGACAUGGAAGGCAACCUAGUGAAACAGGAGUAUUUUCACCUCAUGAUUCGGAUCAAAGAAGGAGAAGAAAACACCCCCCCCAAACCCAGCUUUGUGUCUAUGAUGAUGAUGGAGGUUAGUCAGUUUGUCAUGACAGCCCUCACUUCUGACAUGCUCGCAGCCGAGGAUGCAGAGUCAGACCCAGAUGAGCUGAUUUUUAACAUCACCUCUCCACUCUCUUAUGAGGAGGGCUACAUUGUCAGCACCGAUGACAGAAACCUGCCCAUCACAUCUUUCUACCAGAGAGACCUGCGUGACCUGAAAAUAGCCUACAAGCCUCCUUCUCUGGAUUCAGACACAGAGAGGAUUUUCCAGCUGGAGUUUGAGGUGGUAGACACAGACGGAGCUGUUUCUGACCCCUUCGCUUUUAUGAUAGUUGUGAAACCCAUGAACACCCUGGCUCCGGUGGUGACACGUAACACAGGUCAGCUGUUGUACGAAGGGCAGUCCCGACCCCUCUUUAGUACCCACAACUUAGAGAUCAGCGAUGAGGACGACCUGGACUCUGUCACUAUCACUGUUAUAGAUGGGCUACGCCAUGGGGACCUCAUGGUUUUGGGUUCUCACAGAAAGUUCUUCACACCUGCUGACCUUAAAACAGGAGUCGUUGUGUACCAGCAUGAUGGGAGUGACACAUACAGUGACAACAUUAUCUUUAAAAUGACAGAUGGGAAAAAUGAGGUAGAAUUCCUUUUUCCUAUAACAAUUGUUCCCACUGAUGAUGAACCGCCGAUUAUAAAUGCCAACACCGGCCUGGUGUUAUUUAAAAACCAGAUGAUGCCUAUAUCUCCCCUCAUGCUCAGUGCCGCUGAUAUCGACUCUGAAGACUCAACUAUUAAAUUCACCCUCGUCCCCCCUUUUUCUACAAUCGGCGUCGUCCUCUUAAGGCAGUCAGAUGCUCCGGAAGACCCAUCGUCUUGGAAGUUCAAUGCCGAAGAUGAAGUGUAUGAGAAGGAGGUGACAGAGUGGCUUCAGAAAGAUAUCACAGACGGGAAGUUAUUUUACAAACACACAGGCCCACAUAACACAGAUACUGUAAUGGAUCAGUUUGUAUUCACUGUUCAGGAUGACAAUGACCCCCCUAAUGAAUCAGGAGAGAGUGUGUUCUUAAUCCGGGUUCUACCCAUUGAUGACGUACCCCCCGAGCUGUUCCCUGGCACUACUCUACAGUUGACCGUUCAGGAGUACAAGCUCACUCACUUUAGCAAAGAAGUUCUACGUUACACUGAUUUGGACUCUGAGGAUCGUGACCUCAAAUACACAGUUAUUCAACCGCCUACAGACACAGAUGAAAAUAAUCCACUUGUGUUUGGGUCCUUGGUUUUGACAGACAGCCCAGACACUGAAGUUACAGAGUUCACACAAGCUCAAAUUAAUCAUCACAAAAUCUCCUACGGACCCCCGGAUGUGGAGCUGGGGAUCACCGCUCAUGUUGUGCAGUUCCGUUAUUCUGUUGAAGAUACAGCAGGGAAUACUGUAGAGGGGGCUUUUACUAUCUACCUCCAGCCCGUCAACAACAAGCCUCCUCAGAUUACAAACACUGGCUUUACUGUGUUAGAGCGUGGCAUGCACAUUAUCACUAUCGCUGAGCUUGAUGCCACAGACCCAGACACAGAGAACAGACACAUAACCUUUACUCUCAGCCAACUUCCUAAACAUGGCCAGAUCCAGGUUGCAUUCUCUGAUCUUGAGAAAAAAGGGGUUUUCAAACUUGAGGAUAUUUCCGAGGGGAAGAUCUCUUAUGUUCACGGCGGGGAGGAGACGGUGUCCGACGAGUUUCUGCUAGAUGUCAGUGAUGGCAUCCAUGUUGUCACGGUAACGGUCAAACUCACAGUAAAACCCAUUGAUGAUGAAACCCCGACUGUCAGCCUGCCUGCGGGAACAAUCGGAUCUCAUAUGGAUGUGCUGGAAAACGGAGCAACAGAAAUCACAACUAAUGUCAUUCAAGGCCACGAUGAUGACACAGAUGAUCUCCAGCUCACUUUUAUCGUAGAAGAUCCUCCAGCUAUGGGAGAAAUCCUGGUGAAAGGAAUACCAGCUACGAGGUUUACACAGGCUGAUAUUAUUAAUGGCGUGGUCGUAUACGCACACACAGGUGGUGAAAUAGGUCUCACCUCUCAGCAUGACGGCUUUAAUUUGACCCUCACGGACAUGUCUGAUGAGUGGACCGUAGGUGGAAAUAAGGUUAAUGGCGUCCACGUUAAAGUCACCAUUCUUCCUGUCGACAGCCAGCCCCCGGAGGUUGGAGUCGGAGUUCAGUUUAGUGUCAUCGAAGGGGAAAAAUAUGCCAUCGGCCCUCAGCACCUAAACGCUGAUGAUAAUGAUACUCCAGUUGAAGAUAUCCUUUGCACCAUAGUUGUCCAGCCCACCGCUGGCUAUGUGGAAAAUAUAUCACCUGCCCCAGGGUCAGAAAAGUCCAGGUCAGGAGCAGCAAUCAGUGCUUUUACCAUCAGAGAUAUCAGGGAAAGAAACAUCUACUAUGUGCAGAGUAUUCACAAAGGAGUAGAGCCGGUUGAGGAUAGAUUCACCUUCAUGUGCUCUGAUGGUAUCAAUUUCUCUGAAAACCAGUUCUUCCCAAUUGUUAUCAUUCCUGCAAAUGACGAAAAGCCUGCGAUUUAUUUAAGAGAGAUAAUCGUGAUGGAGGGGAUGAACAUCAUUAUCGAUACGCCGCUUUUGAAUGGAGCUGACGCCGACAUUCCGCCUGAAGAGCUGCUGUUUAUCAUCUCCAAACCUCCCAAACACGGUAGCAUUUUAAACCAGCUAUCAACAGGCUCGGUUUUGGUGACUAACUUCACUUUAGAGCAGAUUAGAGAGGCGUCGAGCAUUAUUUAUGAGCAUGAUGAUUCAGAAACAACAGAGGAUAGCUUUGAUGUCAUUCUGACGGAUGGAAAGUACUCUGUGGAGAAAACAGCCAUGGUUAUGAUCAUUCCUGUUGAUGAUGAGACCCCGAGAAUGCUCAUUAACGACGGUCUGGAAGUGGAAAUAGGAGAGACCAAAGAAAUCAACAAUAAAGUGCUCAAAGCCACAGAUUUAGAUUCUGACGAUAGUACACUCACGUAUAUUAUCCGCUUCGGGCCUGGUCAGGGUCUCCUGCAGAGAAAAACCCCGUCUGGGUCUUUGGAGAAUAUCACACUUGGUAUGAAUUUCACACAGGCCGAUGUGGAUGAAGGGCUUAUAAUUUACACACACAGUGGACAGGAGGGCAUUCGAGACUUGGUCAAAUUUGAUGUCACUGAUGGAAUGAACCCACUAAUUGACCGUUACUACUACAUCACUGUGGGCAGUAUUGACAUGGUGUUCCCGGACGUGGUCAGUAAAGGUGUAUCCCUAAAAGAAGGCGGCAGAGUGACUUUAACCACCGAUCUUCUCAGCACCACAGAUCUGAACAGCCCUGAUGAGAACUUGGUUUUCACCAUCACACGGGCCCCUGUUAGAGGCCACCUGGAGUGUACAGAUACACCUGGGAUGCCCAUUGUGUCUUUCUCUCAACUUCAGCUUGCUGGCAGCAAAAUCUACUAUAUACACACUUCAGAUGAUGAGGUGAAAAUGGACAGUUUUGAGUUUGAAGUAACAGAUGGUUACAAUCCUAUUUUCAGAACAUUUAGGAUUUCUAUUGUAGAUGUUGACAAUAAGAAGCCAGUUGUGACUGUGAAUGGUCUAACAGUCACAGAAGGCCAGAAUAAGCUUAUUACUCCAUUUGAACUGACUGCUGAGGACCAGGACUCUAGUGAAAAGCUGCUAAAAUUCACUAUCACUCAGCUGCCUGUUCACGGUAAACUUCUAUACAACCGGUCCAUGCCUAUCACCAGCUUCACCAAACAAGACCUGAAUGAAAAUCUCGUCAGCUACAAACACGAUGGGACCGAAUCAUCCGAGGACUCAUUCUCUUUCACCAUAACUGACGGCACACAUACUGAUUUUUUUGUUUUCCCUGACACUGUUGAGACUCGCCGCCCUCAAACCAUGAAAAUCACCAUCGUGGCAGUCGAUAAUGGUGCCCCCCAGAUUGUGGUUAAUAGAGGGGCCCCGACUUUGAAGAUAUUACCCACAGGUCAGCUGGGGUUCCCCCUCAGCCCCAACGUGCUGAGAGCAGAGGACAGAGACAGCAGCCCUGCUCACCUGGUGUUUCACAUCACCACACAACCUAAACAUGGAUACAUCGUCAACCUGGGACAAGGAAACAACUCCAUCAACACAUACAGCCAAGCCGACAUCAAUGACCUGAACAUCUGCUACGUGUUGCGGAGUGAGGAAAAUGCUACAUCAGACCUCUUCCAUUUCUCUGUUGAGGAUAAAGGUGGGAACAAGCUUAAGGAUCAGCAGUUUCGUCUGGACUGGGCCUGGAUCUCUCUGGAGAAGGAGUACUACGUGGUGGAUGAGGAGGACAAGUUCUUAGAGGUGUUGCUCAGACGGAGGGGCUACCUGGGCGAGACGUCGUUCAUCGGCAUUGGCACCCAAGAUGGCACUGCGGUGAAGGAUGAGGAUUUCAAGGGUAAGUCCCAGAAGCAGGUUCAGUUCAACCCGGGACAGACCGUAGCCACGUGGCGGGUUCGGAUCCUGACAGAUGGGAAGUACGAGCAGGCAGAGACCUUCCAGAUCUUGCUGUCAGAGCCAGUGAUGGGUGUGAUGGAGUUCCCGGACACAGCAACAAUCGAGAUCCUGGAUCCGAAUGACGAGUCGACUGUGUUCUUUCCUGAGCAGAUCCACUCAGCGGAGGAGGAUGUUGGAGAGCUUUUCAUCCCGGUUCACCGCAGUGGCGACAUCAGCCAGGAGCUCAUAGUGGUCUGCUACACACAGCAGGGUUCGGCCACAGGGACGGUUCCCACCACUGUCUUGUCUUACUCUGACUACAUCUCCCGUCCUGAGGAGCAUGGCAGCAUCCUUCGCUUUGACAAGGGCGAGAGGGAGAAGCAGUGUCGCGUGGUGAUCAUUGAUGACUCCCUCUAUGAGGAAGAGGAGAGCUUCAACGUCAGCCUGUCACUGCCUGUUGGAGGGCGUCUGGGAAUGCACUACCCCACCACUAAAGUCAACAUUCGGGAAGAUGUGGAUGAUGCUCCUGUGUAUUACUUUGGAGAGAUGGAGUACCACGUUGAUGAGAGUGAUGGAUAUGUGGAGGUCAAAGUGUGGAGGACGGGAACUGAUCUGUCCAGAACCGGCACAGUCACGGUUCGCUCUCGCAAGGCCGAGUCCAUCUCUGCAGAAGCUGGUAUCGAUUACGUGGGCAUCAGCCGUAACCUGGACUUUGCCCCAGGCGUCAGCAUGCAAACGUUCAGGGUGACCAUCCUAGAUGACCUGGGUCAGCCGGAGCUGGAGGGACUGGAAAGAUUUGACCUGGUCCUGCGUAUGCCGAUGAACGGCAUCCUGGGAGAACCUGGGAAGGCAACGGUUUACAUCAAUGAUUCUCUGUCUGACUUACCCAAGGUGCAGUUCCGUGAGCCGUUGUACACCGGAGAGGAGAACGACGGUCAGAUCACAGUGACAGUGUACCGCAGCGGUGACAUAAGGCACAAAUCGACUGUUCGCUGUUACACUCGUCAGGGCUCGGCGCAGGUUGUCGCUGACUUCGACGAACGACCCAACACGGAUGCAUCUAUUAUCACUUUCUUACCAGGCGAAGCAGAGAAGCCGUGUAUUCUGUCACUGGUUGAUGACACAGUAUAUGAGGAAGGAGAGGAGCUUCGGUUAGUCUUGGGGAACCCGAAGAGCGACUCACAGUUUGGUGCAUCAGUAGGAGCUUUGAAUGAGACCCUGGUGAAAAUCAAGGACACAGCUGACAAACCCAUUAUUCGUUUUCUGGAAACCAAGUUCAGUGUAAGUGAACCCAAGGAAAUGGGUGCUGUGGCAACCGUGAAGAUCCCUGUCAUAAGAGUGGGUGACACGUCAAAGGUGUCAGUGGUCCGAGUUCACACCAAAGACGGAUCAGCAAUCUCAGGAGAAGAUUAUUACCCAGUGUCUCAAGACAUUGAAUUCAAACAGGGGGAGAGGAAGCAUAUGGUGGAGGUGGAGGUGUUGUACGACGGGGUCAGAGAGAUGAGGGAAGCUUUUACUCUCCAUUUGAAGCCAGACGAAAACAUGGUUGCUGAAACUCAGGUAACUAAAGUGAUUGUUUACAUCGAGGAGACCAACAGUAUGGCCGAUGUCACCUUCCCGUCUCUGCCGCAUGUAUUGUCGCUACUUCACUAUGAUGACGUUGCUAGGACACCAGAAAACCUCCACCCACCAGCCGGAUACCCCGUCAUCUGUGUCACAGCUUGUGACACAAAAUACCCAGACUAUGACAAGACAGGCUCUAUCUGUGUCAGUGAGCACAUCAACAACACCUUGACCCGCUACCGUUGGCUCAUCAGCGCCCCGGCUGGCCCCGAUGGCGUCACCAGUCCCAUGAGGGAGGUGGACUUUGACACCUUCUUUACGUCCUCCAAGAUGAUCACAUUGGACUCAGUCUACUUCCAGGCAGGCUCCAGGGUACAGUGCGCUGCGAGGGCUGUUAAUUCUAAUGGGGAUGAAGGUUUAGAGCUCAGCAGCCCCAUUGUCACUAUCAGCCAGGAGGAAGGCAUGUGUCAGCCUCGUAAGAUGGGGACAGUCGGCGCUGAGCCUUUCUCUGCCAAGCUACGCUACACUGGAGCAGACGACCCGAAACACCCCAACCUCAUCAAAGUGACUGUCACCAUGCCUCACAUAGAUGGCAUGCUUCCUGUAAUCUCUACCCGCCCUCUCAUGAACUUUGACCUGACUCUCAGUCCUGACGGGACACGGGUCGGAAACCACCGCUGCUCCAACCUGCUUGACUACAAUGAGGUCACCACAGGUCACGGGUUCAUCACGGCUUCGAUGCGCAACCCGGAGAGCAUGGGUGACACUGCGCCCUAUCAGUACAGCAACGGUCUUCGGGGCAACAGCACACUGCGUUUCUACAGGAACCUCAACCUGGAAGCCUGUCUGUGGGAAUUCACCAGCUACUACCACAUGUCUGAACUGCUCACAGACUGUGGAGGCACCAUAGGCACUGAUGGACAGGUGCUGAAUCUGGUCCAGUCCUACGUGACUCUGCGUGUACCUCUUCAUGUGUCCUAUGUGUUCCACUCUCCUGUGGGCACCGGAGGUUGGCAGCACUUCGACCUGCAGUCAGAACUACGUCUCACUUUUGUAUAUGACACAGCCAUCCUAUGGAAGGAUGGUAUUGGAAGCCCCCCACAGGCUGAGCUACAAGGUGCAUUGUAUCCUACCAGCAUGCGCAUUAAUGACCAGGGACGUUUGGUGGUAAACUUCCGCACCAAGGCUCGUUUUAGGGGUCUGUUUGUGGAGUCACAUUCUGGAGGCAGAAUUAAAAGAGCAGCUAAUGCUAUGUCAUCCAUGGUGAUGAGCGUGGACCAUCCUGGUCUGACCUUCAACCUCACCUUAGUGAGGAGUGAGCCCACCUACAACCAGCCAGUCCAGCAGUGGACCUUCACCUCCGACUUUGCUGUGAGAGAUUAUUCUGGGACUUACACAGUGAAGCUGAUCCCCUGUACAACAGCCCAGAAUAUGGAAUACACUGUCCCACCAGUCUGCAGUCCAAGAGAACCAGUCACCUUUGACCUAGAUAUCAGAUUCCAGCAAGUGAGUGACCCAGUUGCAGUUGAAUUCAGUCUGAACACUCAAAUGUUCUUGCUGUCAAAGAAGAGCUUGUGGCUAUCUGAUGGCUCCAUGGGUUUCGGUCAGGAGAGUGAUGUAGCCUUUUCUGAGGGUGAUACAAUCUUCGGCCGUGUUAUGGUGGACCCCGUGCAGAACCUGGGAGACUCUUUCUUCUGUAGCAUAGAGAAAGUAUUCCUCUGCACUGGUGCAGAUGGAUACGUACCAAAGUACAACCCCACCAAGUUUGAAUUUGGCUGCCUGGCUGACUCUCCUUCACUGCUGUACAGGUUCAAGAUUCUUGACAAAGCACAGCCAGAGACCCAGGCACGUGUAUUUGGGGAUGUUGGAUUUAACGCGGUGCUCGCAGUAGAUGAUCCGUCAGCUAUGCCCCUCGUCAGACAGCCAGGAUCUGAUGGUUUCAGAGUGGACUCCACGGCCUUGUUCCAGGUCGCUGCAGGGCGUGAAUGGUUCGUUCACACCAUUUAUACAGUGCGUUCCAAAGAGAAUGCCAACAGAGGUAUUGGAAAGCGCAGCCUUGAGUACCACUCCUUGGUUUCCGCAAGCGAUGAUGUUGACUUGGCUCCAUCAAACAGCAGAAGUCUUCGCCCCAAGCGUUCUGCUGGCAACGAGGUCCCGGAGGUUGCUGAGGAUAUCGGAACAGAAAACAACCGUGGUACCAAUAUUAUGCACAUUGCUCUGGACCGCACAAAGCGACGGGCAGCAGGGUCAAAUGAGCUGUUAGCAGACGGGCUGCAACCUAGUGAGCUGACUGCAGAGGAGGAUGAGGAGGGUCUGGUGACUGUUGUGGGAGCACUGGUGGGGAUGCUGCUCACAGUCCUUAUUAUUGUUACCGUUGUACUGGUCCUCAGAUCCAGACAAAAGGAUGGUAAAGAGGGAUGGCGAGAGGGGGUGCAGGAGGUGGUGAAAGGAUCUGUCAGUACAGAGCCCAUGUUGGUGGUGAGGAUGCAAGACUGCCACAACAGCUCAGAGGUCUGAGCAGCUGGAUGUGUGGAUGGACAGAUGGACAAAACAUAAAGAGCAUGUGAAGCUUUUAUAAAAUUUUGCAUUUUAUUUUUCUUUUUUUACUGAUAUUACAAUACUUUCAUAACACAAAAAAAAAAUUCAAAGUUUGAUCACAUGCAUUAUUGGGUGUGUAUGUCUGUUAUUUGGGGGAUUUCUACAGUAUUAAAUCCCUUAUGUACCCUGACCACUGCAACAGAAAACAGCACAACAGUCCCACAUGCUGUUUUUACUCAACUCAACAUUCCAACUUGUGCUGCUUGUAGCGUGAUAUUUCCUCUCUCACUUCUUGGCUUUAUGGUAUUACAGUGCCUGAAGCAGCCACUUUAUGUCCCUUCAGGGCAGUCCCAGUGGCACAUAGUACUUUUCUCAUAAACUGCUAGUAUCACACAGGCCAUGACAGAUUUAAGUGCCGCAGGUAUAUGCCAAGUAAUGGGGAUGACACGAUGUCAACAAGUUCAUCCUAACAUGAAACUCUGACAUCUUCAACUUACCCACGUCAGGCAAAUCUACAAAAAUUUUAACUAUCCUGCAAGAGCACAUAAAUUAUACUUAUUUCACAGAAUCACUUUAAGAUCACACAAUAUGUAGAAAUAACAGGCCAGUGCUUGUUUUUGGUGUGCAAAGUAAACCACAAAACUUCUAUUGUCAGACUCAAUCAGAUGAAUACCACCGCUGUCAUAAUGUGUGUUAAGCAUUAACCAACCCAAGUCUUUAAUCAUUCAUUUUGUCUCUGUUUUUAUUUUUUGACUAUAUGACAAGGAAUGUUUUAUUGAGUGUUUCUGUUGCUGCUGAGUUGGGUUGUUUUUACAGUUUUAUAGUAUUAUUUGUAUUUUUGUAAACUCACUCACUAGGUGUGUUUCUAUCCAGCUGUUUUUAUCAAAAAAA